AUGAAGCGUGUACGACCGCACGAUGGCGCUUCCUCAAGCCAGUCUGCUGGAGAAGGGGGGCGAUCGAAAGUCCUCAAGGCAGCAAACCCAGGCACCUCUGGUGCUGUGGAGGAUGGAGCAUCUGCACAAGCUGUGGCUGAAGAGGUGGCCGUGGUCAGCAUUGGGGGAUGGGGCCAUCUGCCACACCAUCUUAUGGACAUGGUGAAAGAGAAAAUGAAGGACACUGGUGAACUGAUGACCAGACAUUCCUUCAAUGCCGAACUCAGCAGGAGUGUAAAAUGGAUGCUGAAAAACUGUCGUCUUGUGAACCAGCACUGGUGCAAGUGGGCCACUGCAGCCACUCAUGCUCUGCACCCAACACUACUUGGAUUGGACAUAGCAUCUGGCAUGGCCAUGAUAACAGGGAGAUUUAAAAGUGUGACUGCUUUAAUUUUGGAACUGGACCCAAGAAUUGGAUCUGUUUUGGGUUAUUUGGAGAAUCUACCCAACUUGACUUACCUGUAUCUGAGUCACGACAGCAUCACAGAUGCAGAGUUGGGAGCUUUGGGGAAAACCAACAACCUCAGAGACUUGAACCUCAGGACAUACCAGCACAUAAGGGGUGAAUGGUUGGAAAAACUCAUGGCCCUUUCCCGCCUGGAGGUUGGAUAUUGCCCUGAGUUUGGUGACGAGGGUUUGGCCUUUCUAUCUGCAAUGAGCUUUCUUGAGGUGCUGGACAUUUCCUCGACUGCAAUAAGUGACGUGGGAUUGAGGUCUCUAGAGCUCGUGACGACCCUCAGGGAGCUGGAUGUUGGUUUUUGUCACGAAAAAGUCAAGGGUUUGGGCCUUAAGAAUCUGACAUUUUUGACCAGUCUGAAUGCAGGGUGCUGCUCGAUCAGUGAUGAAGGGAUGGUUUCUUUGGAGGGUCUGAGCUCUUUGCUGACGCUUGUUUUAUGUGGCUGCAAACACGUAACCGAUGUGGGGUUGAGGUCCUUAAGUUUCUUGAAGAGCAUAACCAUCCUUUCCCUAGCCAGCUGCGACAAGAUUACAGAUGAGUCACUGGCGAUUGUUGGCACUCUUGAUGCCCUCCAGAGAUUGUGCCUACAGAAUUGUGGUCUCAUUAGAGGGAAAGGACUUAGGUACCUUGACAAGCUCCAUGCACUCACCAAUCUCGAUCUGAGUGGGAGGCAUGUGGUCAACGGCGCAGGUGUGAUGUACUUGGAAGGUUUGACUUCUCUGCUGUCCCUAGAUUUGAGCUCCACAGAGAUGGAUGAAAAAGAGGUGACAGAUGAGGCAUUGGUGUCCUUGGGCAGUCUAUGGGCACUCACCAAACUUGACUUGUCGUAUGUUUGGUGCUCCACAGAUCAGUGCUUGAGGUGUCUUACAGCCCUUGUGGCGCUUAAGACUCUUUCCAUCCAUCACUGUGAUUGGGUUUCAGAUUAUGGACUGGGAUUUUUUGCUGGACUUCGUGCUUUGACCUUUCUUGAUAUGAGGUAUUGCAACGACAUCACGGAUGCUGGACUGGUGCACCUGACAGGCCUCAAGGACCUCAACGAACUUCGCAUUGCAGGAUGCCAGAUCUCCAAUGCGGCCCUUCAGUGGUUGGUAGAGUUGGCUUCUCUGAAAGACCUCUGCAUCAAGCCCAAAAAGCGUGCCAACGACAUUGAUGUCGAUGCGUGUAGAGCUGUGCUGCCAAAUGUCAAGUUGGCAUAUUACUUUGAAGGAUGUGAUGAUCCAAUGUAUGAGGAGUUGGUGGCUGGAUUUUAUUCUGGCAUCGAUCAAGACAGCGAUUGGGGCGAAUGGUAUGAAGACGAUCCUGAAGCUUGCGAUGAAUCUGAUGGUCCUGAUUUUACAGGGCCCGAUAUUUCAGAUGGAUGA